GCCCCACUGUUGCUCCCCCACGAGUCAAUGGAAGAUUGCACAGUUGAUGACUUCCACAUUCAGAAAAAAGCGCGAAUCAUCAUAAACGUGUAUGCAAUCGGCCGCGACCCAAGUGUCUGGCGUGAUCCUGAGAUCUUCGUCCCUGAAAGAUUCAGGGAUAGUAACAUCGACCUUCGAGGACAAGAUUUCCGACUUAUACCAUUUGGCUCAGGCAGAAGAAUUUGCCCAGGUUUGCAGUUGGGGCUCACCGUUGUGCGUUUUGUGCUAGCACAGUUGGUGCAUUGUUUCAAUUGGGAACUUGCAGAUAACAUUCAGCCAACUGAUUUGGAUAUGUCUGAGGCUUUUGGUAUUGUAACUUCAAGGGCUAAACAUUUAAAGGUGGUGCCUGCUUACCGAUUGAACAAAUGAAUAAAGACGG